GAAACAGAAGUGGCGAAUGUUAUGACCAGAUCCUGUAAUACGCAAACUUAGAUAAACUUGUAAAAGUAUUGGUUGCUCCAAGGAGGACUGCGUUCUCUACAUAAUUCUUUCGUCCCGUGUGUUUUCCUUUGAACUUUAUUUACUGUGCGUUGCUGGUGAGACUCCUUGUAAUAUUGUAUAGAAAUCUGUGGGGAAGCUAUGUAGUAGCGCGAUACUUUAAAUGUAGUGGGAACGGGGAGGUAGCGUGGACGCUAGAAUGUUGCGACAGAAUUGAUAUUGUUCUUCCCAUAAGGGAUAGCGGCGUAUCCGUAGUGUGCAGUUCUGCGUGGUCAUGGGAGAUAAAGUGAAUUGAAGAUGCGGGUGUGAAAAGUGACACAAGCCGAUAUCGCUAAGUGACAACACUGUAAUGACGCUAUGGUCACUGAAUGUCCUCUCCUCCGAAGUCGAUAGCGUAGUACCGGUCGAAGCGUAGUACUUGUAUCUUCAUUUGGAAUAGUGAGCUUGUCAGGCCGAUAUUACCAGAACAAAUGACAGCAUGGUUCCCUGCAGCCCAUUUUACUCCCGCGAAGUAGAAAAUUUCCUGACAGAUCAAUUUGAAUACAGUGACAAUCCGAAUGACAAGCAGAGGCUUCUGGCUUGGUUGAUGACGACACCUCACUUCACAACACUCAGGGUUAAUACAUUGAAGUCGUCAGUGAAAGACGUUAUAGCAGCAAUAAAUGACGCCCUGCAGAAACAAUCAAGAUCAUCAGAAACAGCUGGCAAAGAAACAGUGGAUGAAACCGAGGAGACAGAAAAUUAUAACAGUGUGGCGGGUUCCUCGACUCCUGCAUCUAUGGUUUCUUCACCAUCUACAAGUAAAUCUAAGGAGAAAUCUCGUCGUCGCACUGCAUCGAAUAUAGCAGAAGAGCAAAUGGCCACAGCAUUUGGUCAAUUAAUGAAUGUACUUAGUCAAUGUCCAUCAUGUGCAAAUGCUGAAGAUGAUGAAUGUGAUCUGUAUGCUAAGCUAUUAGCCAAAAAGAUGCGGGAACUUCUUCAAGAUGACAGGAAAUUAAUAAUCCAUUCGGAGUACCAGCACAGCAAGUCCAUGUUGGCUAACGUUAAAAGACAAGAUCAGUCAAUCUCCCGGACUGUUGCCCCUGUAACUGCCGAAAGUGGUGCUACCCUUCUUCAGGAACCACAGCAGUGUGAGGAAUAUGGAAUUGAUGAGAUGCCACAAGUCUUUGUGCACCCUAAAUUACCAGAAACUGUUGUUGUUGGUCCCUGGAAUGUGAAUGAACUUGAUCUGGAUAUAAAGAAACAAGAAGUAAUUGUUGAUGUAGCUUGUGGCAUUGCAGUUCUAAGAGGAGCUGAUGUUUUUGCACCUGGUGUGAUGGGGAUGCAAACAGGUGCACAGAUUGGAGAUAUUGUAAGUGUUUUUGCAGAUGUCUCCAAAAAUUGUAAGAAAGGUUUGCAGUGUGUCUACCCUGAUGGCCAGAAAUAUUUUGUUGGAAAUGGUAUUGUGAGGAUGUCAAGAAAACAACUCUAUGGCAAGGAUGCUCAGCCAAUUGGAGUGGCUGUAAGGAUGCUGUCUCGUCCUUCAGGGUGUCCCUCUGUUCCAUCACUUUUGGGUAUGGCAAUCCUGCAGAACCUCCCAUCAAUACUUACAUGUCAUGCACUGGAUCUUUCACCAGGGCAUUAUGUUCUUGAUUGCUGUGCCGCUCCUGGGAACAAAACAUUACACAUAGCAAGUUUGAUGAAUGACAAGGGACGGAUUGUUGCUGUUGACAAGACACAGGGAAAAGUGAAUAUUAUUAAAAGAAAAUGUGAAGAGUUCUCUGUGAAAUGUGUGGAAACAUAUGUUGGGGACACUACAAAAUCAGUUCAAACCCCUGACACAAACAUGUGUAAGGCAGGUGAAGAUCAUUCCUUGCCGCACUGCCCACUAUUUCCUCCUGAAUCAUUUGAUCGUGUCCUGUUAGAUGCACCAUGCAGUGCUUUGGGACAGAGACCACAGUUACGCAAUGAUAUCAGCAUACAACAGUUACAGUCAUACCCUAUUCUUCAGCGUAAACUUUUUAAAGCUGCAUACACUUUGCUGAAGCCAGGUGGUUAUCUUGUGUACAGUACAUGCACAGUGAAUGUAGCAGAAAACGAGGCAAUUGUUGGCUGGGCACUUAAGGCAUACCCACAGCUUGUUCUUGAGCCAAUAAUACCAAGUAUUGGAGGACCUGGAAUUCCUCAUGCUGGAAACCUGACAGAAGAACAGACUGAAUGUGUUCAGAGAUUUGGUCCACCAGUGGAGGGUUCUGUUAAGGGCUGUGAUACGGACACUGUUGGUUUCUUUAUUGCUCGUUUUCGAAAGAAAGUGCUGCACCACUGUUGAUGGUGUCUGUGAUCUGUAUUCUCUCUGUAAGAAAUUGUAUUGAAGCUUUUACAUUAAAAUUGUUAUGAAAUUCUAA